AUGUCAGUUCAGAAUUCCGGGGUUGAUAAGGGAGUGAGUUCUUCCACGCCUACUCAGAGUUCUGGUCAGAGGGGAGGUCUUGUGCAGGGUCAGAGUACUCAGAGGCGAGUUUACAAUAUCACUUAUGCUGUUCCAUCUACCGCUUCUCAGGCUCCGGAGACAUCUGUUGUGAGGGGUACAUUUCUAUUGUUCAAUUCCUUUGCUAAAGUACUCUUUGAUUCUGGAGCAUCACAUUCAUUCAUCGCUACAUCAUUUGUGUGUGCCCUGGAUUUGGAAACGGAAAAUGUUAAUCCUCCUUUGCUUGUUGAGACACCUUUAGGGGGUAGAACGCCUCUUGAUCGUAUUUGUCAAGAAUGUGAGUUGAUCAUUUGUGACCGUCGUUUAGUAUUCGAUUGCAUCGUUUUGGGAAUGUUGGAGUUUGAUCUUGUCUUGGGAAUGGAUUGUCUAUCUACCUUUCAUGCUACCAUUGAUUGUUUCAAGCGUCGAGUUCGUAUUUGUCCUCCUGAGGGUCCUUGUUUCGAAUUCUUUGGGGAGCAUCAGGAACCGUUGGAACCGUAUCUAUGUGGGUUUCGAGAGCGCAAGUCAAUUUAUUCCUUGUUGGCAAGUUUGACAUUAGAUGAGGAUGCCUCCGUGUGUGGGGAGUUACCCUUAGUGGUUUGCGAUUUUUCGGACGUGUUUCCGGAAGAAUUACCUGGUUUACCUCCCGAGAGAGAGAUUGAGUUCGCUAUCAACUUAUUUCCUGGUACAGCUCCUAUCUCCGUACCUCCGUAUUGUUUCACGCCCGCCGAAUUGAGAGAGUUGAAGACUCAGUUGUAG